AAAGGCUAUAAAUAGAACUGACUCCCAACGUAAAGAGAAACCAAGUUAAUCUACAAGCUCAUUUAUUCCAAAAGAACAUUUCCUUAGAGCAAAAUAAAGUUAAGAACAUGGGUGUCAAUGCUGAGAUUGAGUUCCCAGUCAUUGAGUUCCGUCCAUCGGAUUUGAAGCGAGGAACUGAUGGGUGGCACCGUUUGUGCAAAAGGGUUCGAGAGGCUUGCGAGACUUUCGGCUGUUUUGAGGUGGUGUACGAAAAGAUUUCAGCAAAAGUCCGAGAAGAGACUUUCGAGUUGAUGAAAGAACUGAUUGUGGUCCCAGUGGAAAGGAAACAGAAGAACGUUAGUCCCUUGCCUUACCAUGGCUGGGUUGGACCAUGCAAUCAGGUUUCUUUGUUGUAUGAAGGCUUCGGACUUGAAGAUGCCUCCAACUAUGACUCUGUUAAAAGUUUUACUCAACUUAUGUGGCCAAAUGGUCACCCAUGCUUUUGUAACACUCUACAUACCAUGGCGACACAAAUAGAGGAGUUGAACAAGUUAAUUUGGUUAAUGAUAAUUGAUAGUUAUGGAUUAGGGGAGAAAUGGGAGUCUGUGAUGAUAAACUACAAAUCACUGGUGAGAUUUAUGAAAUACAUGGCCCCUCCACCGGGAGAGUAUGAGAAAGGACUCUUUGCUCAUACUGAUAAACCUGUCAGCACAAUCAUUUGUGAUGAUCAAGUUUCAGGACUAGAAAUUGAGGUCAACGGCCAAUGGAUCAAGUUGUCUUUAUCUCCUUCUUCCUUUUGCUUUGUUGUUGGAGAUCCUCUCAAGGCAUGGAGUAAUGGGAGAUUAAAAGCGGUGAAUCAUAGAGUGAUGAUGAGCGGAGAAAAAGAUCGAUUUUCUAUAGCAACUUUUGCCAUUCCAGUUGAGGGUACCAUAAUUAAAGCACCCAAAGAGCUUAUAGAUGAGCAACAUCCUCAACUUUUCAAGGAUUUUGAUUUCAUGGAUUUCUUCCUUUUUGCCUUUUCUAAACCAGCAAAACACAUUGACUCUGGCGAGCAGCUCCAAGCCUUUGCUUCUCUCUCACCACCAAUUUUCGAUUGAAAACAUGCCCAUAUUGGCAAGUAAAAUCCCGGUUUUGGCUUAAAUUUAAUUUUAGAAAUAAUCAAUUUGAGUCCUAUGCUCAAAUUCCAUUGCUAUGUUUUAGUUUCUUAUAAUUGAAUAAUUGUAUCAUGCCAAAGGCUACUAAAUCUAUUGUGUCGAGCUAUUGUGUCGAGUGAUUUUUUAUGUACGUUAUGUCAUGAAUAAGUAAUGGAACUUCCUUUUUCUUUUGUAUUCGGACACUAA